AUUAUCAUGUUUUAUGAGUGGCCUAUACAUAGUUGCCAAUACGUUUGCUGAUAGAAAAUAGAACUUCAAUUUAUGUUUGUUUUAUUGAAAUUGAAUUGAAAAUAAUUCCGAGUCUUGUACAAAUAAAAUGAAAUGAGGAAAUGCCACUUGCCAUUUCUUUAAUUAUCAGAGGAGUUUCUAAUUGUAAAGUUAAUUGUGUAGAUGGAAAUGAUGGAAAACAUUAUUGCAAUGGGCUAUACAUGGGUGGAGACACUGGGUAUCUUAACGAUGACAUACUGAUUUGGCUGGUGAUUGUUGUGCUUGGCAGCGUCAUCCUUGUCCGAGGACGAUCUGGAUGGUGCUCUAGUUCCCCUUGGAUUAUCUGGGCGUUUACGUAACGUUGUUUCGUAGAAAAUGAUGUAGUUGCUUUUAAUGUGCGGCUUACCACUUGAAACAGGGCUUUCAUCCCUAGUUCGUCAAUCCGUCAGGAAAGCAUGUCCUUAAUUCAGGAUGAAUUUGCCUUUGGAUUCGAUUUUGCAUUAGAGCUGAAUCUGUUUGCAAACCUUUUGGAGAGGGGAUGUUAAAGUAUAGGCAAUUCGGGUCUGACCCUACAGUUGCAGUUAUGGGAGUGAAGGUUUUACAGUGCUUUCCCUUCUACCGCCACGGUAAAGGCCGCGGCAAAGGAAGACUUUGUCCACCCUCAGCAGUGCCCUCUGGGGAGGUGAAGCCGGAGUUCUCCUCCUCCUCCUGGGCGUGUGACAGUGAGGGAGGUGGCAGCGGUAGCGUGCGCCGGGUCUACCUCUCCCAGAAGGCCCGGAUCAGCUACCGGCACCAGAUGGACAACGUGAUAGACGCCACCUACUAGCCCGACUCCCGCCCACCCAGCAGCCUUCAGCACAGCCGUGCCCAGUGAGUCGUCCGUGCCCUGACCUUCCCAGUGGCCCCUCGGUGACAUGGCCCCACUCUUUUUUCCGUGACGGCGGUUCAUCUGAUGGGGCUUGCUUUUUUGUACUCCUUAUGAUCGGAACUGUCCAGAGGAUCAGGAAUAGUGUAAUUGUGUUCUAGCUGUGAUUUGGGGCAGAAAAAAACUCCAGUGUUUCUUGCUCCCCUAGAGAUAAAUAGAGAUAAAAGUAUGUUAGGACUGUAGAGAGCUUCAAAAUGUGAAGGUGACGUUGUUGAUGGUGCUUUGGGUAUGUCAUGUGGAUAUGGAGAUUUCAAGUAAAAAGAAAUGACGUAAAUGCAAAAUAAGCAGGAAGUGUGUUUACAAAAAUUAGCCUGAAGUGCAUUUUAGUGUCUCUUUAGUGCAUUUUGUCCAUUGUCUCCUGUCUUUCUUGUCCUGUGUCUCUGUGAAGGUAUCUAGUGGAGUUAUAUGUAUUUAUUCAUGUGUGCUUGUGAGUGUGUGUGUGUGUGUGUGUGUGUGUGUGUGUGUGUGUGUGUGUGUGUGUGUGUGUGUGUGUGUGUGUGUGUGUGUGCGCGCGCGUGUGUGAAUGUGUGUGUGUGUGUGAGUGCAUACGUGCGCAAAUGCUUGUUUAUGUAACUUACUUACUAUGUGUGAGUUAAGUUUCAUUGUAAGCUAAUCAGUCCCAAUAAUUGUGUCUACUGUGUUCUAGAAUGGCUAUUUGUUUGCUGGAUGUUCUUUUUUUAUAAAUAAAAUUGUGACUAAAACAUUGA